AUUUUGGCUACUUUUAAUAAAAAAUACAUUACAAAAGUAAUUUCGUUUUCUAUUUUUCUCACAUUUCUGUUUUUAAUUUUUUAUCCGUAAAUAUAAUAAAUUAUUUAUUGCUUAAUAAAAUUAAAUGUUUUCUAUCUCUUCUUCAUAUUGAUUUUGAUAUCUAUAUGUUUUUGUAUAUUAUUUAAAAUCUUUCAAAUUUGGGAAAUAAAAAAGAAGUAAUAUUUGAUAUCUGACAAAAGUAGUGACAUUCAUUUUCUCAAAUUUGUAUAGUAAAAAUAUUUCAAGAUUUGAUUCAUUUUUGAAUAAUUUGAAAUUGGAUUUUGUGAAUAGAAUAAAAAAAUAAAUUUUUACUUAGAUAAGAUGGCAGCUGCUACUGACGAACUAGUACUCUUAGAGAGAGUGUUUCUGCGUCUUGGCUCAGCAGACACUGACGAACAGUUGCAGAGUGUCUUGUGCAAAUUCUUACCCCCGGUUUUACUGAAAUUAUCUUCCCCACAAGAAGGUGUAAGGAAAAAGGUAAUGGAACUUUUGAUUCAUGUCAAUAAGAGGAUAAAGUCAAGACCUCAAGUGCAGUUACCCGUAGAGGUCCUUUUAACUCAAUAUCAAGAUCCAUCGGCUACAUCCUUUGUUAUUAAUUUCACUAUUAUUUAUUUAAAAUCUGGAUUUCCACGAUUGCCACUUGAUAAGCAAGCUGAGUUGGUGCCAGUUGUACUAAAUGCUUUAGAAAACAAGCCUCAAUCACAUGUCGAUAGUUUGCUUUUAUUAAUCGUACCUCUUUUGGGAAAAGUUAAGGUGCCAACAGAACCAGAAAAGAAGCUCAGUUUGUUUGGUUUGAAUGAAAACCCACAAAUAAAAAAACACCUUCUGGAUAUUCUGUUAGAUAUGAUUUUAUUGCCAUACAGUGCCUUAGCACCCCAAUCUAUUGACAGUGGAAGUCAGUCUAAUGUUUCCUUGCCUGUUCCACCUUGUUUGAGCGAAUUGUCUUAUAAAAGACUGAUAAACAAUAAUCCGAUGAAACCAGAAGAAUUAGAAGAGAUCAAAUUAGGCAUUGUGAAGUUUUUGGGUCAAGGAGUUUUCCUCAACGAAGAAAUAUUACCUCACCUGGUAGUUGCUGCAUCUGAUACUAGAUUUGCUGUUGCCAAUCAGGCUGAUACUGAACUGAAACGAUUUAUAGGGUCCAUUGAUUGGUCUUCACCGCAAACAUCAACGCCGCUGUAUCAUUUGUACCUGGGAAGCCAAGGGAAAAGUGGGAAACCGGAGGAGAAAAAAUUACCAGCAAAUACAAGGAUUCGUUUAAAAUUACUGACUUCCCUAGGUAGAGUUACAGACCAGGGUUUCGUUUUCCCGCAGUGCAUACAAAUUAUUUUUGAUUCUUUGUAUGGAACUCACACCAACACCAGGUUGAAAUCAUUGGCUCUCAAUUUUACAGGGAACAUUAUUAAAUAUGCUGACGAGGAUCUACUUGGUAGAGUAGCGCCAGUGCUCCUAUCCGGUUUACAAAAAUUAAUAAGAGAAGGUGAAGAAGUCCAUUACGGUCAAACGUAUGUUACUAUAGGGAUGUUAGCACAACGUUUCCCGAAAAUCGUUUACCACGACGUCGGAUUACUCGAAAUGUUUUUUUCUAAUAUGGAAAGCGCAAAUCAAGAAUUGAAAUUACAAAUUCGAGAAGGUGUAUUGAAUUUAAUUUUGGCUUAUAAAUACGAUAUUUUGCCCCAAGAAUGCAAUAAAGAUGAUAGGUUAAACAUUUUGUUUUUGUUGAUAAAAUGUAAAAUGGUAUCCGAAGAACCGAUGGUUAGGUUUGCCGCUGUUAGAACUUUGGCAACAAUUUUUCCUCCUGAUCACGUGCCUUCGAAGUACUUAUUGUUAACAGCCACCGGAGAUAAUAAAGAUGAGGUAUCCGCUGAAGCAUUCAAAUCUUUAUAUGGAACGACAAGGAAAACCGACAUUGAUAUGUCACAAGAUAAACUAAAAGGCAAAAAAAUAAAAUUACCAUGUUUUGAUGAAAUUACUCAUUACAUAUUUAAUGAAGCGGAAAGUAUUGUGAAGGAAAAGAAAGGUUUUCCUGUUGGAAAUCACAUGUUGCCAUUUAAUAUUAACACGUACACUGAGAUUCUUAUUUUUCUUAGAUUGUGUCUACUUAGAGAUUUAGAUGUUCCACGAACGAGGGAUGUGUUGAAACAUCCCUGUGAAUAUUCACCGAAAAUAGCUGCACACCUUAAAGAAAUCAUUAGACGUACCUCUGAUGUGAUUAAUAAUCCUUUGAACCAAUAUACAAGUUUAGUAAGGGAUCUGAUGUUGGCAAAUCCAGCUCGCGAACCGCUGUGUUGUAUGGUGGAAUUAGUCGGUUGUCUACCUCAAUUACAUGCAAACGUUUCCAAAAAUCUUCAGUGGAUCAAAGAUCAACUCUCAUCAACCAAAGAAGAAGUCAGAGAAAUUAGUUCGCUCCUCUAUUCUAUCAUCUUAUCCUCGUCUAGUGAUAGUGAGUUCGAUUUAGCCGUAAAGAGUUUGUUGACACAAGCGAAUAGUAAAAAUUUGGAAACACAACACGGCGCGGUACUUGCCAUCGGUAGAUGCGAGGAACUGAAACUAUCCAAUAAUAAAUCGAAUGAAAAUUUGGUUUUGGCCAAACUGUGUAUUGAAAAUUUAAUUCCUUUUUUGAAGCAUCAAAACUCUCUUUUGGUAAGUGCGGCUUGUACCAGUAUUGGUUUGAUAGGUCGAGUAAGUGAAUUACCAUUAGAAGAUGGAAAACCUUUAAAGAACGGCAGUCCUGAUCCGAAAAGAAUGGCAAUAGAUUCUGUUACGAAGAUUGAUGUUCUUAAUCAGUUAUUGGACGUCAUGAACAAUACGAAAUUUUCACCGAAAGUCAGAGAAAAAGCAGCUAGAAGUUUGGGAUUAUUGUGUGUCGGUGGAAAGUUUCCCUAUUCUCAAGAAGUACUACAAGGGUUACUUAAUACAGCUAAAGAGACUAAAGAUAUCGAAGUUCAUUUUACCAUAGGAGAAUCUUUAGUGAUGUGCUGUCAAGGAGUAUGGUCUCCGGAGGCUAGGAAUCCUUGGAUAACGUUACCGGAAGAUUAUGUACCAUUGAUUAACGAAUCACAAGCUGAUGAUAGUUUAGAAUGGUUAUUAGUAGAACUGUUGACAUUGGCAGAGGAAUCACACCCCAAUUCCAAACAAGCAUCGGCUAUUUGGUUAUUGGCCGUGAUUAAAUAUUGUGGCGAAAGGGAACCUAUCACCAAAAGGCUGAAGCAGUUACAGAGUGUGUUUAUGGGAUUCUUGAGUGAAAGUAACGACAUUAUACAAGACGUCGCAUCAAAAGGACUGUGUGUGGUGUAUGAUACUUACAAAUCAGAAGAACUGUUGACAGCAUUGGUGAAACAGUUGACUUCUGGAAGUCGACAAGUGACUGCUGUUACUUCGGAUACGAAACUGUUCGAGGAGGGACAACUCGGUCAGUCUCCAACGGGGGGAAAUUUGACAACUUACAAAGAAUUGUGUUCGUUAGCAUCAGAUUUAAAUAAACCUGAUUUGAUAUACCAAUUUAUGCAUUUGGCUAAUCACAACGCCAUAUGGAAUUCUAAAAAAGGAGCGGCUUUCGGUUUUUCCAGUAUAGCGGAAAGAUGCGGAGACGAUUUGAAGGCGUAUUUACCGACUAUUAUCCCUAAAAUGUACAGAUAUCAAUACGACCCGACGCCAAAUAUUCAAGCAUCCAUGCACAACAUUUGGCGGGUGUUGGUUUCCGACACUGGCAAAAUGAUAGACGAAUAUUAUAAUGAAAUUUUAACAGAUCUACUCGCUAAUAUAAAUUCGAAUCAAUACAGGGUGCGUCAAUCUUGUUGUUUGGCUUUACAAGAUUUCCUGAAAGGUUCGCCGAAUCGUUCAAUCCACGAUGCCAUAAAUAAGAUGGAAGAAUUGUGGACGAAGUUAUUUAGAGUUAUGGACGAUCAUCACGAACAGACGAGAAUAACGGCAAAUAGAACCGCGAAAAUAUUGAGCAAGUUAUGUAUCCGAGGCUGUGAUAUUAGUCAAGGUAAAUUAGGUGUCAAAAUGGUGGAAUCAAUUUUGCCUGUAUUGCUGAAUAAUGGUAUAACUAAUACUGUCGCCGAAAUCCGUCUAGUAAGUUUACAAACCGUAUCGGAAUUAGUUAAAUCAGCAGGGAAACAGCUCAAACCGUUUUUACCGAAAUUAAUUCCGGCUCUUUUACAAGCUACCGGAGAAUUAGAAUCGAGUCAGUUGUCUUAUUUGAGUACUAGAUUGGGUGCUCAAACUGAAGCCCAAGAAGCGCUAGACAGUGCGAGAGCUUCUAUCGCUAAAUCGCAUUUUACUACUGAAACAGUAUCGAAGAGUUUACAAUUUGCUGACGCAUCUAUUCUAGAAGAACUAAUACCAAAAAUUAUCGAAUUAAUGAAGAGCAGUGUAGGUUUGGGUACUAGAAUAGCUUGCGCCCAUUUUAUAACGCUUCUUGUUGUACAGCUCGGUCAAGAUAUUCAACCUUACACAGGAAAACUUCUGGCAGUACUUGUUAACGGUUUGACCGAUAGAAAUUCAGCGAUUAGGAAACACAAUGCUACCGCCAUUGGUUAUUUGGUAUCUACCGCAAAGGAUUCUAGCAUGGAAAAAUUAUUUUUAAAAUUACAAACUUGGUAUUUUGAGAGGGAAGAUGAUUCCAUAAGAUCAUCUUGCGCAUUGACCAUCCAAUCGAUAGGAGUUCACAAUCAAGAUAUUCUUAAAUCGCACGCCGAUAUUGUGUUACCUUUAGUUUUUUUCGCGAUGCACGCCGAGAAGACACCGGAAACCGAAAAAACUUUGGAAAUUUGGAACGAAAUUUGGUUGGAACAAAGUCCCGGUACCGAGACCGGUAUCAGACAAAAUUUACAAAACAUCUGCGAUAUCCUUAAGACUGCUCUAGAAUCACCUUCUUGGACCAUGAAAGCGCAGGCGGCAAACUCAGUUUCAACGGUAGCUACCAAACUUGGUAGUACGAUGGAUGCGAAACAUAGAAAUUCUUUGAUAGUUAUACUUUUGGCUGGAUUAUCAGGAAGAACAUGGAAUGGAAAAGAUAAACUUUUGAAAGCACUGUCCAGUAUCUGUAGUAGCUGCAAGGAUACUAUAAAAACUGAUCCAGACAUAAACAUAACCUCCUUAAUAGAAGCAGUUUUGAAAGAAAGUAAAAAGGAAGAAACUGUUUACAAAAUAACAGCUUUACAAUCUUUGGGUGAAAUAGUUUCAUCGUUAGAAAUAGACCGAUUCGAAGAAAUCUACAGUAUUAUACAAACAAUAAUCACCGAUCAAAAUAACAAAGAAGACGAAGAUAUUCCCAGCGAAGAAAUUAGUAAAAAUAGAGAAGAUAAGAUAAAAUUAAAAGAAACGGCUUACGAAACAUUGGGAAGAGCUUGGCCUAACAAUAAAAGUACGCAAGAGAAAUACAGGGAAUUGUUUGUGGAACAUACUGUACAAUGUUUGCCGACGAAUACGAGGUCUAUACAAGUUAUGGUUGUAGGAGCUUUGUACGCCUUCGUCGACAAAUUAAUUAUUCUAUCCGAAGAACGUUUGACCGAAGCGGAAACCAACAGCCUGGAAAAUAUAAUUGAAAAUAUCCUGAAAGCGGUGCAGUUUGCUUUAAGUGUCGGAAAGCACGUUCGACUAAGGAAGGAAGCUCUGAACGUGGUGUUCUGUUUAGGGACAAAGCUGAAAGAGAAAAAUAGGAAGAGAGAAUUUGAUAAUUUGAGUAGAAUGUUUGGGAAUGUUCUUCCAGAAAUUGCCAACGAUAAUUCUCCCGAAAUAAAAUCGAGAGUUACCGAUAUCAAGAAGCUUUUCAAUUAAUUUAUUUAAUUUAUAAGUUUUUAAUUAUUGUUUAAUAAAGUGAUUGGAUUGAA